AUGAAAUCAAGUGCGAAGAAUAAGAUUUUUCUUGUGACAAUUUUCAUUUUAAUAUCAUUUGUAAAACAUACUUAUUGUGCAAUAUCACAAUAUAAAUGGAUGUACUUUAUGCCAUAUGGAAAUACUGUACAUCUUGAACCACUUUUUAAUGAUACAGAAUGUAUUGGUCCAUCAUCAUGUUAUUGGCUUUUACCAGAUAAAAUUGAACGUUUAUAUUAUCCAUUGACUGAAACCAAACCAUUGAAAUAUUCCAUGUCAUCUAAUGGAACAUUAACUAUAGUUAAUAUUCAACCGAGUGAUAAUGGAAUUUAUCAUUUUUUUACAAUGAAUAAUAGUGAUUGGAUUGUAUCAAAAGCUUUAUUAAAUUUACAUGGAGCACCAUUUGAUUCGCUUUGGUCAGAAUAUUGGCCUAAUGUUGUUGGUGGUCUAGUUGCAAUGGCAGCUGUUUUCAUAACCUUCGGGCUAAUUAUGUUAGCUGAUAAAUAUCGAUAUCGUCCAUCUUCAAUCUUAUCAACACAUCAUAUAUCUAAACGACCAGGAACUGUUCAACCUCUUCAUGAAUCUGGUGUCUUUGAACGAACAAAUCCAGUAUUUAUUAAUGAUGAUAAUGAUGAAAGUACAAUGCAAAAACAUGCGCAUAGUCGACGUUCAUCAACUAAUAGUAACGUGGCUAAUCUACGUGUUGAACAAUUUUAA